UUGCGAUUUGCGUCCUUUGAUUGAUACUGUUUUAUUAUUUUUCUUAUUUAAAUUAUUUGUAAUAAUGUAAAAAGAAAAUAUUUUUACGUGCUUUUAUACUUUCUCUAGUGUGGCCUACUAUGUGUACCAGCUAGAACAAUCGGUGUGCGGCAUUUCUUACCAAAUUAGUCAGUGACCUAUAGGUUCACGGCUGCCCUAACUUACGCAUUGCCUGAAUUACCCAACUUGGGAUAGAAAUUGCGAGCAUUUUAGGUAUUCCUAUUGUGUUAUUCGUUUUUAAGUUAUUACGUGGGUAUAUCGUCGUGUCAGUGCAACAAAUUGUGGGGCGAGCGUUUCGUUAUGGUUAGGAUAGUCGUUUCCGAGUCAUUGAACCUAUCGGCGUGACACUCUGACUUUGUGAGUCGGAAAUAUGUAAACAUGAACGAUAUAAGCGUGAAGAUAGUGGAAUCUCCGAAGGUGGUUGAAGUAGCGGAGUCUCCCGUGACGGAGCCUGGUGACAACGAUGUGGACCCGCUGGCGAUCGAAGACGACGCGGGCAAGGUGAAAGACUCGCUGUCGGUGGACGACCAGGCGACGAGCUGUGAUGAAAAUGCCAAAGAAGAGAGUCCGAGCGGGAGCCAGAAUGACGAUAGUGAAAAUUUAGCAUUGCAAACAGAAAAGGUCAAGGCGGAAUUACUAAAAGAAGAUUCUAGUUCCAUCAAUAGUGCUCUAGAAGAGUCUGUUGAAGCCAAUCUCUCACCGAGUACAAUCAACAAUGUGGAGACCACUGUCCCUACUCCGGAGCCAGAACCUAGCACUGUGACUGAAGAACCAGAAGCCGAAGCCCCAGCGCUUCCUGACCCUGUAGUUGAAGAACCUGUUCUAGUGCAAGAACCCCCACCAGCCCCAGUGGAAGUCAAAGAGGUUCUUCCACAAAAAGAACCAAGUCCUGCCCCUGAGGUGCCUAUGGAAGCGGAAGUACAGCCCGAGGAGAAACCGACUGAAGUAGAAAUAAAAGAAGUUGCAAAACCGGUGGAAGAAAAUACUCCGGUAGUGGAGAAAGAGGUUAAAGUAGAAAGAGAAGUUAUUGAAGAAAAGGUUGUGAAAGAACAGAAGGAAACUAAGCCUAAAGUUCAACCUGUGAAUGGUGAUAUCUCGAAGGUGUGUAAGGAAGAGCAAGCAACAAAGAGACGCGCCUGUGACGAAGUAGACACAGAGUCCCCCCUCAAGAAACUCUGUCAGGAGGUCGAAAAGACCUUCCCCCAGCAUGACAUUAUGAUCAACGACUACAUACAGAACGCAACCAAAAACAACGUUGACGAAAUCCAAAGACACACCGAACAGCUCCUAGCAGAGAUCCAGACUUUAAGAGAACUAGCCCAGAAGAAAGAACACGAAUGGAACAAUAUUCUGCACCUAAAGAAAGUCAAGGAAGAAAUUCUCUUACGACUUCUAAGACGCAAACAGGUUCUGUCGUUUGAAAAAUCAGCUGAGAUCAACGGCUCCGACCGGACGGAUCCGUUCGACUACUUGAAUCAAGCGAAGAACUUAGCGAUAGACAAAAGCGAUGAGAUCUCUGGUCUGGCGAUAAAGCAGCCCGGGUCUUCAGUCAAUCCGAUGAUCCAGGCGCCAGUGAUGCCCGUGUCGUCGCAUUUCAACCCGUUAUCUGGCCUUCCGCCUCCGUACGAUAAAGCUGCCCAUAUGCAAAUGCCAAAGCCAGUAUUCCAACCCAUGAUGAUGCCAGGCCCAAUGCCAGGGUUCCCUAGAGACAUGAAUGGCCAGCUGCCGACGUCCUUCGGUAUGCCAAUGGGUCGGCAAGGCCCCACGAAGGAUGUGAAGUCAAUAAUAGCGGAUUACAGGCAGAGGAAUCCUGAAGUGACUCCCAGAAGAGGCAGGCGGAUGAAGUCGAUCCUAAACCCUGGAAUGAUGAACGCACCAAGACCAAUUGCGCCGAAAGUGGUGGAUAGUUUAAACAAUAUGAAUAAUUUAAACAAUUUGAAUAUGCUGUUCAACAAUUUGGAUAUGAACCAAAAAGCGAUGUUAGAGCGACUCCAGCAGAUCCAAGCUGGUGGUCUACCGAACAGCAUAUUCAAGGACGCGCUCGUCCAGUUCGCCAACAUGCAGCAAGCGAACGCCGGCCUCAUCCCACCCCGUCCUACCGAGACCAUGACCAACAGACCAGAGCAUCAUGUGAAGGAACGAAGAAGACCUGAGAGGAAUCAUGAGGAGCAUAAGCAGCCGGAACGAAUGCCUUCCACCAGUCCAAGGUUACCACCGCCACCACCGUACCCUGAGAUAUCUCUUCUGCCAGUCACCACGAGUCAAGAGACGCAAUCGUCACAGCAGAAUUCUCUAUUGCACGGUAUCUUGACUAAGCCGGCGCCAAGUCAGAGUUUCUCGCCGACGUUGGCUAAACUGCUCACGUCCCCGGAGCGGAAACAGAGCGCCUCUGCGCCCCAGUUGCCAUCUUUCGGUCAGGCCAAGAACUGCGGCGAGAUCACCAUCACGCCGGUCCAGCCUGCGCCGGCGCCGGAGCCCCAGCCGGAGAAGACUGAAGAGGUUGUGCAGCUGGAUGACGAGGAGAGCCCAGCGGCGUCGGAGGGGUCGGCGUCGGGCUCCCCCGGCGGGUCGACCGGCCGCCUGGUGAUCGACGAGGGCGGCGCCGACGCGGGCGACGCGCCGCUGUGCCAGGGCUGCCGGCGCCGCGACGCGCAGUUCGUGUGCGCCGGCUGCGCCAACCAGUGGUACUGCAGCCGCGACUGCCAGGUAGCAGCAUGGGACGAUCACUCGGAGAUGUGUUCCGGGUAACGCCGUUAGAGUGAGUGCGACAACGCGCCUCGAUAAACAUAAUCUAAGUGGUCUAAGGACGUCUGCUCGUCCUAGGACGGCCACGUUGUAUCAUUUGCCUUAUAGUAUAUAACUUGUUGGUUCAAGGUGAAUCUCUUUGUGAAGUUGUGGGUUACUGCUUGUUGCAGCUCUUUUAAGUUACAUACAUAAAAUAAUAAAAUAAAAUAUUCUUUAUUUCACAAAUUUUUAGUUACAUCGCGGCCGAGACCUCCCAUUAAGUAAUCCUAGGAUACUUGUGGCGGGAAUGUCUCGCAAUGCCCAAGGGGUAGGUACAGUUUGUGAGUUAAGUAAUAACAAAUAUGACUUCUAUAAAGAAAACACAUAAUUAAGUAGGUGUAAUCUAAAGAUUUUCAGAGUAAAAUAAAACUAAAUAUUAUUUUUUUGCCCAUAGCACUAUGAGUGACAUAUAUAGUCAUACACAUAUAUAUACACAUGCAUACAUACAUACAUACAUGGUACAACAAAACAAGUUAUACUCAAUCCUAUUUUCUUCGAUCGUGUGGGUUGUGAGGUGAAUUACCAACCUCAUCAACCCUGGUGUCAGGGCUAUUAUUGAGCCGCCAAAGGCUUCUGACAUGGCUCAUGUAACGACUACUCACUUACAUCAGUAAGUAGUAACCGGGACCAACGGGCUAACAUUCCGAAGCAUGGAUCAUUUUACAAAACUAGGAACACAUAGUAAUUUUUGUGAUAUGUCCCCACCGGGAUUAAAACCCGGGACCUCCGGAUCGUGAGCCCAAUGCUCAACCACUGGAUCACGGAGGCUCAAUCAUAUGAAAAGCCGCCGUUGCUAGCCGUCUGAUGACGUAAGUGUUGACAUGAGUGUAACCAUUAAAUUGGUAUCUCCAACAUUCCAAGGACUUAAAUUUUAUUAUUGAAAAUUAAACGAAUUACUGACUGGCGUACUUAAUUACUAAGUAAAUCUUUUACUGAAAGUUCAAAAGUGGCUUGCAAAGUAAAUUAAAAACAUUAGUCGUGGGUAAUUUUUAAAUAAAAAUGGCAACUGAGGGUGAGAUGACGUCCGCGGCUAACCUUGAAAUGUUAGCUGUCACUUUUGAGCAUACCUAGUUUUAUUAUACCAUGCAUACAUACAUAAGUUGACGACUAUAGUCGUAUGUAGUCAAAGGUACAGUCAUGAGCAAUAUAAUGUACCCGCUUUAGGACUCUGUCGCAUUAACAUAUUUGACAUUUUGUGAGACUUACAGUUCAAUUUGUCAAAAAAGUUAAUGUGACAUGGUACCAAAUUGUAUACAUAUUAAUGCUCGUGACCGUCCAUCUAUCGCAAGAUGAACUAAGUACCACGCCCCAAGCAUUCUGUUAGACCAACGUGAUAGUGAACCGUAUCGCCGAGUAUAAUGGUUGAGCCAACUGUGUUAGUGAAAACUGCACUUAAGAUACAUUAAUAACUCAUUGGCGCUCCCUGUUUGAGAAACAAGCCGGACCACAGAGGCAGUUUUAAGAUAUAAAAAUGAUGUUAUAACUUCAGAUGAGCUCGGUGGCGCAGCGGUAAACGCGCUCGGUCUGCGAUUGUUGAAGUUAAGCAACUUUCGCAAAGGCCGUUCAUAGGAUGGGUGACCACAAAAAAGUUUUCAUCUCGAGCUCCUCGGUGCGUCGGAAGGCACGUUAAGCCGUUGGUCUGUACGAUAAGCUGAAAAAGUACAAUCAGUUUCUUUCAAACUAAUAAAUUAACUGGUUGCACGACCUCCUGGUUACAUGUCGUUUCUGUAAUAGACCAAAAACACCUACAAAAACGUAACUAUUAUAAUUAUGACAACUAAUGGUUCAUAAUUUCACCACUGUUUACAAAUAAUUCGCUGGGCUCAGUGACUGAACUUUUGUUCUUUGAUUGUACAUAGUCGAUCGAUUUCGAUCUAUCGUUAAAAAGUGACUGCAUCAAGCAACCCACACUGUAUAGUUCACCAUUAUAGCGUGCUGUGUCAUACUGCCUUUCUCAUUGGAUUUGGUUAGGCUAUUUCUAUUCCUAGAUUAGUAUAGGCGUGGGCAAACUAUACUAGAGGACUGUCGAUCGCCAUAUUGCGGCGUGUAACUCGGAAAGAAUAAAAUAAAUAAGGGGAAAUCGAUAAGGAGGGAGGGGUAAGGGAAUUAUUCAUUUGAAUAAAUUAUCUUGAUUAACAAUUGUAUUAGAAGUCGAUGUCGCUUUUCUUCCAGUGGGAUAUAAGUUGCAUUCAUUCAACCGCUAGGACCGCUAACGUCUACGGUAAAAGAAAAUAACAUUUUCUAAGUUCUUUUUUUACCUCUCCUCUGUGCUUCUGUGGUCCAGUGGUUAAGCAUUGGGCUCCGGAAGUCCCGGGUUCGAGUCCCGGUGAGGACAUAUCACAAAAAUCACCCUGUGAUCCCUAGUUUGGUUAGGAUAUUACAGGCUGAUCACCUGAUUGUCCGAAAGUAAGAUGAUCCGUGCUUCGGAAGGCUUGUUAAGUCGUUGGUCCCGGUUACUACUUACUGAUGUAAGUUAAUAGGACCUCCGGAUCGUGAGCCCAGCGCGUGUACCAUGGACCACGGAGGCUAUUAAAACAACUAAAUAACGGUUUACGCCAUCUAUUGGCGAUUGUCAGUCCUAGGUAUAGUUCGUCUAUGUAUAAGUUAUAAUUGCAACUACUGCAUUACAUUGGCAACCGUUGAACCUAUAAGUCUUGUAUGUUACUGUAACUGGGAUGAUUUGAUCUGAUACUUUAUUUGAUCGUAAUGAAGCUUAAACAAUUUAAAGUAUUAUAUGAGACUGCACAAUAUCGUCUUGUAGAGAAAACCGCGUAAGCGUCUUUAUGAAAACAUUGUGAUGUGUUUUUUUUUUAAAUAACCUCGAUUAGAAAGAAAGAAACAUUUAUUAUUUAGGACACCACAGACACAGAUUACAUAUUUAUACAUUGUAAUGACAUCAUAUCAAAGGACAAAUAACGCACACACGAAAUAUUUUAUAUAUCAUCAUCAUCAGCCCAUUAACGUCCCCACUGCUGGGGCACGGGCCUUCCCUAUGGAUGGAUAGGGAGAUCGGGCCUUAAACCAUCACGCGGGCCCAGUGCGGAUUGAUGGUUAUUAACGACUGCUAAUGCAGCCGGGACCAACGGCUUAACGUGCCUUCCGAAGCACGGAGGAGUUCGAGAUGAAAACUUUUUUUUUGUGGUCACCCAUCCUACGACCGCCCACUUCAACAAUCGCAGACCGAGUGCGUUAACCGCUGCGCCACCGAGCUCCUCAAUUGAUUUUAUAUAUAGAAACAUGGAAAACGAACACAGAAACUUAUACCUAAAUUAAAUGUGACGUCAUGUCGGCUUACCCAUGUGUAGGGGAUGGUGUCCCGUAUAAAAGGUCCUCACUCAGCUUAUGCCGCGGCGUGAGUCGCGAUUAACGAUUACUUUCAAUUAUUUUAUUGAAAUUAAUUUAAUAAAAAUUGAGCCCACAAUUUUUGGAACUAGCUCGUCUAUUCACAUCCGAAUGUGAUUAUUGAAAAAAGCGCUUACGUGGUUUUGCUAUAUGUACGAUAAUGUUUAUAACCGUCAAUGCGGCCUGGAUAGUGCAAAAAAUGAUUUUCACGGAUAUUUUUUUCAUUCUGAUACUUCGAUCCGUACCAAACAGCAUCAGUAAAGACUGCUUAAGUUAAUCUACGGGGUUCUAUAGAGCGCUCAAUCAAGCUAAAAGUAAUGAAUUUGCCAUAUAAAAAAACCGACUUCGAGAAAAGGUUAUUUGAUUUAAUCGCUCAGAGGCACACAAAAUCGCACGCACUUUACCCAUUAUUUGGUCAAAAGUGAUGUUGUAUACUUUUAAUUUAAUAAUUAUUUUAAUUAUUGUUCGAAAAUAUUGUCUGAAGAAUUACAGUGAUGCCACUUUAUCACAAAAUGAUGACUGAAAGUAUUUUCGCUUUAUUUUAAGGUUUAAAAUAUAGUACCCGCCAUGCUAUAACAAAACCAGGUAUGUUCAAUCCUAUGAAAAGCCGCCAUUGCUAGCCGUUUGAUGACGUAAGUGAUACAAUGAGUGUUACCAUUAAAUUGGUAUGUCCAACAUUCCAAGGACUUAAAUUCUAUUUUUGAAAAUUAAGUGAAUAACUGACUAAUGUAUUUAAAUAUUAUUAUUUGUCACAUAUACAAAAAUCGUUAAAACUGUACAUAAAUCUUUUACUAAAAGUACAAAAUUUCUUUGCAAAGUAAUCUAUUUAUUACGAAAUGGCAACACAGGAUCGGAUAACGUCAACUGGGCUGACCUUGAAAUGCUAGCUGUCAGUUUUGAGCGUACCUGGUCUUUUUAUGCCAUGAUUAUAUGUAGGAUCUGCAAAACUAGCGCUGCUCUAGAGCUUCUCUUGUAGAUUAUAUCUUAAACCUGGUAUUUAAAAAUGAAACUAAAAAAGUCUUUAAUCGUUUUGUGAUAAGGUGGUUAGUGUAUGAAGUAUGUAGGUAUAUUGUGUGUAUGAGUCUUAGGAUGCGUUCCUAUGUUCCUAAAUUUAAAAGUCAAAUUGUGAAAAGUAAAGAUUGGGAAAAGAAAAAUAACAUAAUAAUGAUUGUUGGAACGCUUAUUGGCAAGUUUAGCAAGUGCAUUGAUGCACAUAGAGGCGGAGCGAGAAGUUAUCACGUUUCAUAUAAAUGUCUCAUUCUUACCGUAAGUGCGAAUGAGACAGACGGUCCGUGCUCUGUCCCCCUCACUCCUUAGCGGGUAACGGCCAUUUAAGACUAAAUUAAGACCCAGAGGGGGUGAGGUCGGCGCCUAUACGAAUUGGUGCGGGGCGGAGAAUUAUCAGGGGGGUUAAAAAGGCCACAUCGAAGCAAUUGGGUCGUGUACUAGGUUCAAGAUAAUUUAUGAAAGUCUGAUUACUAAAUAAAGAUAGCUCUCAAAGUAAUGAAAAACGUUAUAAUAAGUCCGACAUUUUAUCACGUUUUUCUAUGACGUCACAAUGUGUUUUUCCAUACAAAUUCCAUAGUAAUUUCGUGUUUUGACGUUUACUAAAAAGUAACUGAUUUGACUAGUUGGAAACUAGCCUAUCUAUCUAAUAAAGCAAUUAUUGCUAUUUGACAUUUUGUUUGCAUUGCGCACUUUUAAUGUCAAAUUGCAAUAUUGCUUUUGUAGAUGAAUUGAUCCGAUGUGGCCUUAAUAACCCCCCUGGUUUUCUUCAUAAGUAUCAUAUAUCCCAAUCGAUUUUUACCUUUCAAGGUCAAGGUUCACAAAAAGCAACACGGAUCUAAACGAAACUCAAUACUUUUAUUAAUAAUGGUUGUGUCGUUUUCUUUAUUCCGUAUAGAGUGCGUUCGAAAACUGGAUUAUUAAUGCUUAUGAUAUGACUGAGCUGCAACGAAAGCAGUAAACCUGAAGAUGCUGACCCCGCCGGCGUGGUCGACGGUUCUCAUUCAACGCUUGUCGCUAACGGCCCGCUAGCGUGGAUUAAUUCGUACAAGUACAUACAGUAGCCAUACAAGUAGGUAGGUAGGUAGGUAGGACGAAAAAUUCCACUUGAUAUUAACUCAGAAUCAUGGUCUGAAUCAUCCCUCUGAGUGUUUGUUACGAUGUCACUAACACCAUUUUCUACGAACUAUAUAUUCAUGAACACAUUUCCAGUUUUCGAACAAACUCUUUUGUUUCUGUGAACCAUCUACUAAAAAUAUUAGUUUCUAUUUUUAACAAAAACCCCUUUACAAAAAGUGAUUUUAAAACUGAAUAUUAGACUGAUAACAAUGAUACUGAAAAAUGUAUAAAACAUACGUUUUGUUUUUCUUUACAACGAUUUAUUUAAUAUAGUGACAUUUUGAAUAUUAGGAAGGUUAAAGAUCUCUAUAGAAAGAAAUUGAAGGAAUAAAAACUGUAUGGAAAUUACAAAAAAAAAAAAAAAAAAAUUGGACUGUACACUUGUUAGAAACAGUGACUCGUUUUGGAUUCAUUCAGGUGCAUUAGACAUACAUAUAGCUUUGUAAUGAAGAACUUUCCAGGCUACGUUCCCCAAAAUUAACACAGAUGGCGCUGUCCAGAUAUAACGUGGUAAUUACCUAUUUUCUCAUCACUCGGGUAAAUAAUUAUUCAAAAAUGCACAAUGUAACGGCAGAAGCAUAUAUAUCCUUCAAACGGUUCAAACUUUGUAACGGGAGAGGGCGUGCGUAACCGAAAAGAUGUUUGGGAUGUAUAAAGGAAAUAAAGCACUAAUUAUUCAAUAAUUAUUUAUUUAUUUAUUUGUACUUACAUAUAUUAUCAUUGUCCUUAAAGUAUAAUUUGUCAAAAAAAGUUAUAAAAAUUAUGAAAAAAAAAAAAAACAAUUAGUAAACUAUUUAAAAUUGGCGUGUGAUGUCUUCAAGGAUCCCGCUAUGUAUAAUAAUCCGAAAAGUGCUUGAAAAAUGUAAAUGUAAUAGGUAAUAAUAAUAAUAUGAACGAAAAUGUACUAAGCGCGGUCGAUUCGACUACGCGCGCCCGCUUGAAGGAUAUAAAAAAAAGGUGGAAGAUGUAUUUGUGCCUGGGUGUGACAAAAACGGUCAUAUCAAAGGUAAAAGAUGCAUAUAUCCGUUAUCCAUGAAAUUAGAAGGAGAAAUGAACAAAAAAUAUUACAGCGCCAUCUCUAUAUUUUUUGGGGAACCCAGCCUGGAAAUAACCUCAUUAAAAAAGUAUUUUAAAAUUUCGAAUUCCAUUAAAUUUCUUCAAAACACAAUGCUAGUGCCCAUUAUAGAUUCAUUCCUACGUGUUUAUAUAACAUUGUACUGUAAGUAUGGUAUAGUAGAAAGCAAAUUGUUAGGUGUAUCAAUAUUUAUGAAUGGCUGGAUGACAGUUCUGAAUUAAGCCUCGCGUCGAAACAAAAGUAAUUGUUAUGCGUUACGCAAAUAUUGAGACAAACUUGACAUAAUAUACUAGAUGAUAACACUAAGAUUUUAUGGUGACUUUGACGUGAUUUAAAAAUUUGUAUGUUCUCACUGUAAACGUUCCUUCGUUUUAGUUAUUUAAAUCUGGGGGGUUAAAAUGGCCACAUCGAAGCAAUUCAUCUAAGAAAGCAAUAUUGCUAUUUGACAUUUGUUUGCAUUGCGCACUUACUUUUAUAUGCACAAAUGUCAAAUUGCAAUAUUGCUAUCUUAGACGAAUUGCUUCGAUGUGGCUAUUUUAACCUCUCAGUUGUCAAAACAUAGCGACAAUAGUGCCUAAUACAAUGCGAUUUCAUUCUUAUUUUCGCAGCGUUAUGUGCCUUUAUAAAUUGUAAGUUGAUUCACCAUACAAAGCAUUGCGCCUGUAUCCCCGAAGGGGUAGGCAGAGGUGGUAUAUACAGCCAGUUCUCGCCAGCUAUUACGAUCCAAACACACAAUACCGCGGCCUAAUUCAGAACAAAGUGUAUAAAACGCAUCUACGAAAUAAGUUAGCGAAUAAACACAUAAAUAAUUAUGUAAUUACCUAAAGUAUCUUCGACAGUGUGUAAAUGAAGAAAUAUUGUAUUAUUAUUGCAGUUAAUCAUAUUGAAAUCAAAUUAUUUUUCAUAAUAAGAAUAAUCAAUUGUAAGUAGAUAUAUUUUGACUGUGCUGAGUAAUGGUGACUUGGGCAAGUCUUUGUGAAAGAAUAUAAAUAUGUCCCAGAAUUUCUGACUAUAAAAGCAUAUAGAUCCUAGCGGGUGCAGACCAAGAGCUAAGCUAAGUUAGCUUGCAUAGUUGUCUCAGUUACCCAUAGUUUCUUGCGAACUGUAAACCAUGCAAGCACUAUGGGAAAAUGGGUAGUUUCCUUGGUCAAAAAUAAAUUGUCGUUUCUGUAAUAGACCAAAAACACCUACAAAAAUAUACAUUUUAUAAUUAUGACAACUAAUGGUUAUGAACCAUUUGCUCUUUGACUAUUUCAUCACUGUUUACAAAUAAUUCGCUGAGCUCAGUGACUGAACUUUUGCUCUUUGACUGUACAUAGUUAAUACCAUACGCGGCUAAUCUACAAUAAAUCGCGUCAAAAAAAAACAUAGAAAUUCCUUAGUAAUUUCUUGUGUCGACGUUCAGUAAGAAGUAACUGCUAAGUGGAAACUACCUAACUUAGCCUAAGUUUAGCUUAGCUGUUGGUCAGCAACUGGAAUGAAGCUGGACGCCUUUUGUCGCGGGCGCACAAUCUGUACACGUCGAUACAAGGGUUAAAAAGGCCACAUUGUUGCUAUUAAUUUAAUAAAAAAGCACAAGCUCACGACUAUAUCCCAAUUGGGGUAGUCAGAGAUGAAUUAAGUAUCCUCACUACACCGAGCUUUUUGUUAGACCAACGUGGUAGUGAGCCGUAUCGUCGUCGAUAAUGGUCGAACCAACUGUGUUAGUGAGAACUGCAGUUAAAAUAAAUUAAUAACCGAUUGGUGCAAGUCUGGUACCUGGCUUCGAACCGGCACUCGCUGAUUGAGAAACGUGCCGGUAUACCACAGUGACAAUACAGUGUCUUCUCAACUAUUGUACUACACUGUUUUGGGAAUAAAGUAAUUCUAUUCUAUUCUAUUCAAUAUUACUAUUUGACAUUGCUCACUUGCUUUUAUAUGUGCUAAUGUCAAAUAGUUAUAUUGCUUUUUUAGAUGAAUUGCUUCAAUUUGGCCUUUUUAAGCCCCCUAAUCACGUCACUGACACGCCCGUUUCAAAUUCCGUUUAAUGUAUUUUGUUAAUGGUCAAGAGAAAAUUCAUUUAUUUUUACAUUCGUAUUUGUAACUUCCGACGAUCUUAGCUAUAGCUGUAUGGCUUUUUAUUUCACCCCCGAAACAAUGUAUAACAUAGAUAAGUAUAUUAAAUAUUAUAAUAUAGUUUUUGGGGUAAAUAUAUACCUUUAUAUAUACCUGUUUUAUCUGAAUAUGUUUUCUAUUCCCGAUUGAUUUUUAAUGCGUAUUAUUUAAAACUUGUCCCACGGGCUAUAGCUAGGUCGUCGUAUCAAAACGCUGUUAAAAUAUAACUUUUGUCAAAUAAAUUAUUUUAUUUUAAACGAAAUUGGUAUAAGCAUGCUAAAUCGGACAACAUUUCUUACAAUUGGCCAAUCACAAUCACCGUUUAUAACGAGUGUUGGCAAUGUAAUGAUUUAAAUUGACAGAUGGUAUAUUUUAAUGGCAAUCACUAUAGUAGUAUUAUAUUUUUGAUGUGUUUAUUUUCCUACCCUCGCUACCGUGCCAAAACUGCAAAGUUUGUUCAUAGUAAAUCGUCUCACUUUUGUGAUGGCAAGGGAUCAAAAUGUUAGCUUUUGGAUAUCUUGGGGUUUUUCAUGGAAACAAAGAAUAUCCUGUGUUGACAGUAAAAAAUAAAAUUGCUUAAGUAUACAACGCCUUCAUAUAAUAAUUAAAAAUUUACCCACAAAAAAAUUGUGCUCAUAACCGUGAAUAGGUGGAUCUUCGAACAACGGAUAUCCUUACCGUAAAAAUAUCCUAGGAUAAAAUUGCAAAUAUCCAGUUACAUAAGUCCUAAAUGGAUAUUUGCAAAAAGAUAAAGGAUUUUAGAAUAUUUUUGCGUUUACGAUAAUGAUGCUGACUUUCGGUGAUAAAAACCAUUACAUUUGCUAUUUUGCCAAUAUUGGCUGUAAAUUGGCUUAUAGGUACAUAUUAUGUAUGUACGAGUAUAUACGUAUACAAGUGUCCCAAGAUAUCCGUGGGCCAUCAGGCCACACCACAACUGCAGCUGAAGUGUCUGGAGCGCUAGUCACGAGUUUUGUUACCUAUAUACCUGUUUAUGUAUUUUUUAACUUAUAUGAUGUUGUAUAAGAUUGUAUUAAAGCAGUACUGUCUGAAACC